GGGAAUGGGAGAGUGGGUAGAGAGGGAAUGGGAAUCCCAACAUGGACGGAAGAGAUCUGGGAAGUGGCAAGUCUAAUGUAUGUCGUAGCUUUAAAAUCGACGCCACUGGUCCAACACUAGGCUUAUAGUUUAUAGUUGAUACUCUUACACUAGCAUUUUGAUCCGUAGAAGCCAGUUGGUGUGGGGUUUACACUUCCUACUCAGCGGAGAGGAAGUCCGAUCUCACCUCCUCAGCAAUCAGCAUAUGGUUUCAACAGAUCCAUCAUGGCCAAUUACUUAGCCCAUUUCCAAACCAUCAAGAACUCCUGCGAUCGCCUCGUCAUUGCCGUUGAAGAUGUAAGUGAUUUGUGGCCUGUUGUGAAGAAGGGAUUCGAAGAACGAUUACCAUUCAAAAGAGCUUGUUUGAAUAACAAGACCCGAAAUCCAGUUUUUGUAGAGAAAUUGGCUGCUGAAUUCAUAUUAACAACAGAUCCAAGACUUCGUAGCCGGUUUCCGCAGGAACAAUUACUAUUUUGGUUCCGAGAACCAUAUGCAACAGUGGUACUUGUUUCCUGUGAGGAUCUUGAUGAGUUCAAGACCAUUCUUAAACCACGCCUGAAAUUAAUUGUUCAGAAUGAUGAGCGAGAAUGGUGUAUUGUAUUUGUGUCUAAAGCUCACCCAAAUAAUGACCAGGCCACUAAAAUGGCAAAAAAAGUAUAUGCCAGGCUUGAAGUUGAUUUCAGCUCUAAGAAGAGAGAAAGGUGCUGUAAGCUAGAUAUACAUAGCCCCGAAGCAAAUUUUUGGGAAGACUUGGAGUCCAAGAUUAUGGAGUCCAUCAGGAAUACAUUGGAUAGACGUGUGCAGUUUUAUGAGGAUGAGAUUCGCAAGCUCAGUGAACAGCGCCUCAUGCCAAUUUGGAACUUCUGUAACUUUUUCAUUCUAAAGGAAAGCUUGGCUUUUAUGUUUGAGAUGGCUCAUCUUCAUGAAGAUUCACUGCGUGAAUACGACGAAUUAGAACUCUGCUACUUGGAAACAGUUAAUGUAGCAGGGAAACAAAGGGACUUUGGGGGAAUAGACCGUGGUGAUGAUCAGGCAGCACUGCUAAACCCUGGAAACAAGCUAUUGACACAGAUUGUCCAAGAUGAUUCGUUUAGGGAAUUUGAAUUUAGACAAUAUCUCUUUGCCUGUCAAUCCAAGCUAUUGUUCAAGCUAAACCGUCCUUUUGAGGUUGCAUCAAGGGGCUAUCCAUUUAUAAUCAGCUUCUCAAAGGCAUUAGCACUUCAUGAGAGGAUGUUACCUUUUUGCAUGCGUGAAGUUUGGGUAGUAACUGCUUGCUUGGCAUUAAUCAAUGCUACUGCUUCUCAUUAUAAUGAUGGAUUUGUGGCACCUGAUAUAGAAAAGGAGUUCUACCGCAUUCAGGGCAACCUUUAUUCACUAUGCCGUGUUAAGUUCAUGAGGCUUGCAUACUUAAUUGGAUAUGGAACUGAAAUAGAAAGAAGUCCUGUCAACAGUGCUUCACUCAGCAUGUUAUCUUGGCCCAUGCCCGCAGUUUGGCCUCCAGUUCCACCUGAUGCCUCAUCCAUGGUGCUGGAGAAAGAAAAGACGAUUCUUCAAGCGACUCCAAGAGUCAAGCAUUUCGGCAUUCAGAGGAAACCAUUGCCUCUUGAACCUUCUAUACUUUUGCGUGAAGCUAAUCGGCGAAGGGCUUCUCUUUCUGCUGGCAAUAUGGUUGAAAUGUUUGAGGGUCGUCCAAUUUUUGUUGAUGGAUCAGAUUCAGAUGCAUCUUUAAGGAUGUCUCCAUCAUCAAAAGUACAUGCGAUCUCUAUGACACGGACUAAUUCUUCGCCAAUAAAUUUUGAAAGCUCAAUUGAUCGACCUAUGAGACUUGCAGAAAUUUAUGUUGCUGCUGAGCAUGCUUUGCAGAAUACAAUUUCUGAUACUGAUCUAUGGAAAUCUCUGUUAUCUGUUGAGGAGUUUGAGAAAAAAUAUCUGGAGCUAACAAAAGGUGCUGCUGAUAAUUACCACCGUUCCUGGUGGAAAAGACAUGGAGUUGUUCUUGAUGGUGAAAUUGCAGCUGUCUGUUAUAGGCAUGGAAACUUUGAUCUAGCUGCAAAGUCAUAUGAGAAGGUCUGCGCCCUUUAUGCAGGUGAAGGAUGGCAAGAUUUAUUGGCUGAAGUCCUUCCCAAGUUAGCUGAGUGUCAGAAGAUACUCAAUGAUCAAGCUGGCUAUCUAUCAUCUUGUGUGAGGUUGCUGUCGCUAGAUAAAGGCUUAUUCUCAACCAAGGAACGUCAAGCUUUUCAGUCAGAGGUUGUUCGCCUUGCACACAGUGAAAUGAAGCACCCUGUGCCCCUAGAUGUAUCCUCACUAAUAACGUUUUCUGGCAAUCCUGGGCCACCAUUGGAGCUGUGUGAUGGGGAUCCUGGUACUCUAUCUGUAACUGUUUGGAGUGGCUUUCCUGAUGAUAUAACUCUAGAAGUGCUGAGUCUCACUUUGGCAGCUAUAUUUAAUGUUGAUGAAGGUGUUAAGGCAUUAAGAAGCUCUGCUGCUCCUAUACUAAAGCCUGGGAGGAAUACCAUCACCCUUGCUCUGCCCCCCCAAAAACCAGGUUCCUAUGUCCUAGGGGUUCUUACAGGACAGAUUGGGCAAUUGAGAUUUAGGUCCCACAGCUUUUCUAAAGGUGGCCCUGCAGACAGUGAUGAUUUUAUGAGUUAUGAGAAGCCAGCAAGACCUAUCUUAAAGGUUUCCAAACCGAGACCUCUGGUUGAUCUUGCCGCUGCAAUUUCAUCUGCUUUGUUAAUGAAUGAGCCUCAGUGGGUUGGAAUUAUAGUAAGGCCUAUUAACUACUCCCUCAAAGGUGCUGUCCUGUAUAUUGAUACUGGUCCAGGUCUGAAGAUAGAGGAAUCACAUCCCAUUGAGAUCGAGAGGCAUUCUGAUGUAUCACAGAGUGCUACAGACAUGGAAAGUUGUGAUCAAGCUAGAAAAAAAGACUCUUCAGUUGUCACUGAAGAAUUUAAGCAAUUAACUCUCCAAAAUGGUAGAAUAGAGUUGCCUGACUGGGCUAGCAAUAUAACUUCUGUUAUUUGGUUCCCGAUCAGUGCUAUCAGUGACAAGCUUGCGAGGGGAACAUCUUCAGUCACUCCCCAGAGACAAAGCAUUGUGGAUGGCAUGAGGACAAUCGCUUUGAAACUUGAAUUUGGAGUAUCCCUCAACCAGACAUUUGACAGGACUCUAGCUGUUCAUUUCACUGACCCUUUUCAUGUGAGCACACGAGUUGUAGAUAAAUGCAAUGAUGGUACUUUGCUUUUGCAGGUUACGCUACAUUCUCAAGUGAAAGCCACUUUAACCAUCUAUGAUGCUUGGCUCGUCCUCCAAGAUGGAUUUGUUCACACUGGACAAGGUGAUGGAAGGCCAACUUCAGACUUCUUUCCUCUUGUGAUUGCUCCAACUGCUAAAGCUGGUAUUCUGUUCUGUAUAUGCUUAGGGACUACAAUUUCUGGAGAUGAAGCCAAGGCACCACAACCAGAGAGUGUGUUGAACAUCAGAUAUGGAAUUGCUGGUAAUAGAACAAUCGGAGCUCAUACGCCUGUCACUGUGGAACCUGCUGGAUCUGAGGGUUCUACACAGGAUUUAAUCUUCAGGAGUGCUCUUGUUUUACAGAGACCUGUGAUGGAUCCGUGCCUUGCAGUUGGUUUUCUUCCUCUUUCUUCAGGAGGCCUUAGAGUUGGGCAGCUAGUAACCAUGAAAUGGAGAGUUGAAAGGUUGAAGGAUUUUGAUGAGAAUGCAGUUUCUCAAAACAAUGAUGAGGUAUUAUACGAAGUCAAUGCAAAUUCUGAGAAUUGGAUGAUUGCCGGGAGGAAGAGAGGCCAUGUAUCGCUCUCAACAAAGCAAGGUUCGAGGAUAGUUAUUUCUAUUUUGUGCAUGCCACUGGUGGCCGGAUACGUUCAUCCCCCAAAGCUUGGGCUUCCAAGCGUUGAUGAGGCAAAUAUAAGUUGUAACCCCGCUGGCCCCCACCUGGUCUGUGUUUUGCCUCCUGUUUUCAGCUCUUCUUUCUGUAUUCCAGCAUGAUUACUCAAGUUCAUCAUCCAUUUCCAUUAUGGUUGGAUCGGGGUUUUUCUUUUCUUUUCUUUUCAUUUCAUUUCAUUUCACAAAAAAAUUAUAAUGAUAGAUAUAGAUAUUAGAUAUCCGAUUUUUGUUUAACGUUGAGAUUUGUAAAUCUGUAAUUUUACCCCCAACAGCCCACCAAGAUCCACACCUCCCAACUGCUUGGUGGUUGAUUGUAUUUUUGUUUGCUUUUCAAUUUUCAGAAAAUCAAGAGAACUCUCAUUUGAAUUGAAUUUGGGUUGGGUAACUAUCUGGGUGUUUGAAACAUCUGUGAGUGGUGUAAUUUCCUAGCUCAUGUACAGUGGAACUUUGGACUGUUACAAUGUUGUAAACAGGAACAAUUUUCUUCUUGGUUGAUUUUUUUGUUGUCA